ACUUUUUUUUUGCCUUGCAGGUGUUAUGAAUCUUAGUUUCUUUGAUAGCAGCAACUUGUAGGCCUCACAACCUACCAAUAUCACACUGAUCUUCUUGUGCAUCAAGAUUUGAGUCAUCAUGUCUUCCACAUCCCAAAAACAUCGCAACUUCAUCUCAGAGCCCAUGGGUGAAAAGCUUGUGACUGAUCUGGCAGGGAUAGGAGAAGUUCUUGGGAAGCGACUGACUGGCAAAGGCUUUGAUAAGGCCUAUGUGGUACUGGGGCAAUUUCUAGUUUUGAAGAAAAACCAGGAAUUAUUUGAGGAAUGGCUCAAGGACACCAGUGGAGCAAAUUCAAAGCAAGCACAUGAUUGCUAUCAGUGUCUGUCUGAUUGGUGUGAGCAAUUCCUGUGAACUUUCAUCAAACAGCUUGCAUCACCUCUUGGAUGUGUGAUUUUUAUUCCCACUCUUUAAAUUCAUUACAUGGCAAGCAGAGGUCAUUGGUGAUGUGUCCCAAUAUGCUGUCAGUUUUGUUCUAGGCUGGCAUUCCUCUAUUUUAUACUAUCACUCAUUGUCAUAACUGGACCUUUAAUAUCUGAAUAAAAGUGAUUUCAUUACUGCUGUCA